CAAUUUUGCAAUUUGCAUUUUAUUAUUUACUGUACUGUGAUUCUCUACGGAAAAUUUAACAAAUUCAGUUUAUUUACCAAGAAUAGUAUUCUCAAAUAAUCUCCUAGUAUUAUAAAAGUGUUCAAGCCAGUGUUCUCUGUAUAACUUCAAUUCCUGUUUUAGUAUAUUCUAUAUGGACUUGAAACAAUAUCCCUAUUUCGAUGGAGUCUUCAGCGUUACAGGGUACAGAGAAUGUUUGCGUAAAGAUUGAGCCCUAUGAGGAAGUGUGUAUAACAUAUGAGCCCACGUCCGCGGAAGUGUCUGUGAAGAUUGAGCCACAGGAUGAUGUGUAUGUAAAAGACGGGUCCAAAGGCGAAUGUGUAUACAUACAAGCUGAGCCAUCGUACUCAGAUGUGAGUGUAAAAGACGAGUCGGCCGGCGUGAGCGCGGCGACGGGGCUGUACUCCGAACACGCAGUGAAAGAUGAGCUCGUGCUCGGCCCCGUGCUAGUGGAGCGGCGCGUGCGCCACGCACCAACAGCUUUCAACAUAGAUAUAGAAGUGAAGCAGUCAUGUGAAAUUGUCCCCGAGAGACAAGAUGACAGACUAGCCACAGACGCAGACAGCCCAAGACAAGUUCCUGAAGCUGAUCUAGAAGAACUCAGGAACACCACAGUUGGGAAAGCUAAAAGAAACAAAGGAGAGAAAACUCCACAGAAGAGACAAACAGGAGGGAAUCUUUACAAAUGUAGCCAGUGUAGUUAUUCUACUAACAAAAACAGUAAUUUUCAGGUUCAUGUAAGGAAACACACUGGUGAAAAACCUUACAAGUGUGAACACUGUAGCUAUGCAAGUGCAAACAUACGUCAUUUGCGAGUUCAUGUAAUGAAACACACUGGAGAGAAUCUUUAUAAUUGUGAACAAUGUAGUUUUGCUAGUAAUUACAAAAAAAGUCUAUUAAUCCAUGCUAGAACACACACUGGUGUAAAGCCUUACAAAUGUAGCCAGUGCAGUUAUGCUAGCGCACACAAAUCUGGUUUAAAAGUUCAUAUAAUGAAACACACUGGACAGAAUCUUUACAAAUGUGACCAGUGUAGUUAUACUAGUGCCUUCAAAAGUAAUUUUGAAAGUCAUGUAAGAAAACACACAGGUGAAACGCCCUUCAAAUGUGGUCAGUGCAGUUAUGCAAGUGUAUAUAAAGGGGCUUUGCAAGUUCAUGUAAAGACACACAAUAAUGAGAAACCUUACCAAUGUGAGCACUGUAGUUAUUGUAGUAUCAGCAAACAGUGUUUAAAAAAGCAUAUUCUAAGGAAACACACUGGUGAAAAGCGUCACAAAUGUGACCAAUGUAGUUAUGCUAGUAGUUUUAAAUAUAAUUUCUUAAUCCAUAUGAGAAAACACUCGGGUGAAAAACCUUACAAAUGUGAGCACUGUAGUUAUGCUAGCAAUGAUAAACAUUAUUUAUUAAUCCAUACUAGAAAACACACUGGCGAAGAACCUUACAAAUGUGACCAUUGUAGUUUUGCUAGUAGUUACAAAAAUAAAUUAUUAACGCAUAUAAAAAAACACACUGGUGAAAAGCAUCACAAAUGUGGCCAAUGUAGUUAUGCUAGCGCAUACAAAGGUAGUUUGAAACGUCAUUUACUGAAGCAUACUAGCGAGAAACCUUAUCAUUGUGAACAAUGUAGUUAUGCUAGUGCAUACAAAAGUGCUUUGAAAGUUCAUGUAAAGAGACAUACCUAACCAUAGGAAACUUUACUAGUAUAAUCAGUAUUGUUAUGCUAGCAGCCGAAAUCAUACAUUGAAACCCCAUAAAAUGUCCAUAGGUGGACAAGGGCAUAAGGUCCACCAUGGACAGUUAACAGUGUGGGUGGUGGUACACUGAUGAAGAGCCUACAUAUGUGGACUGUGGACGAUAUUAUUCUUUAUUCAUUUAUUCAUAAAACAAUUUUACAUUGUGUUUGAAUUAUGUUAUAAAUAACUUAAAACUACAAGAACAACAACAACAACAAACAAACAUGCAGCUAAUAUUAAAAUUAAAACAUAAAAACACACAAAAUUAGUAAAAUGGGAAUGGGAAUAGGGUAUUUGACCACUAGUCAGAUCAGUUUCUUUUUUCGAACCGUCAAAGUAUCACACUUAAUUAUUCAUUGUACUCUAUUUCUGUGUGUGUGUUACUAUUUUCUGUCCCAAAUAAAUUUUAAUAAAAAGAAACAUAAAGGUAAAAAGCUUUACAAAUAUGAAGAAAUACAUUUAUUUUAACGCCAUAACAUAGUACAUGAAAAAACGAAAGACAUGCAGACAGACAUAAAAGAUAUUUGGACGUUAAAAUAGGAUCCCCACUCAGCAUAAUGCCGCGGCAAACCGUGGCGCUGGUUUUCUGUGGGGGCCUGACUUAAUCUAAAGUUGAUGGCGACACGUACGCCAAUGACACACAAAUAAAUUUACAUUGAUAUAAAAAACAAACAAAAUAUGGCCAGCGUAGUGAUGCUAGCGGACGCAAAAAUCUUUUGCAAGAACAUGUAACAACAAUGUAAUAUAAUUUUUGAAAUCUGUUAAUACAUGGUGGCCAAAAACUAACUGCAUUCCCGUUGCCAAGGAGGCAAUCACGCGAAAUCGCGAAAUAAAAUUGGCUGUUUCAUACAUUUUGGCUGGUCCAUUUUCUAUGGGAGGGUAAUUUUUUUUCGCGAUUUCAGGGUAUUUCCAUAGUAAAAGUUGCUCAGUAUAAUCCCAAAACCUCCCUGGCAACAGGAAUGCAGUAAUUGUUUUAGCCACCGUGUAUAUCGAAAAAGGUACAAAUAAAUAAAUUGUAAUUAUAACAAUCCAUACCAUGUACCAUCACGCUCCGCGAUUGUUACGCCAUUUAAGGUCUGUCCAGACGGGAACAAUUUUUCGCCAAUCUGAUUAAAUCGUUGGGUGACAAGCAAAAGUCACUAACAUCAUUGAAAUUAUUGGACAAUAAACCGUGUUACAAGUGUAAUAAAGUGCAUUGUUACUUUAAUUUUUUGAUAGUACUUAGUGAGUUUUGCUUGUCACCCGACGAAA